AUGGUGUCCUGGAUCAUCUCUCGCCUGGUGGUGCUGAUCUUUGGCACGCUCUACCCAGCUUACUCAUCAUAUAAGGCGGUCAAGACAAAAAAUGUGAAGGAAUAUGUGAAAUGGAUGAUGUAUUGGAUAGUAUUUGCCUUCUUCACCACUGCUGAGACCCUCACCGAUAUUGUGCUGUCCUGGUUCCCUUUCUACUUUGAGCUGAAAAUUGCCUUUGUGAUCUGGCUGCUGUCUCCAUAUACCAAGGGCUCCAGUGUGCUCUAUCGGAAGUUUGUACAUCCCACGCUCUCCAACAAGGAGAAGGAGAUUGAUGAAUACAUCACCCAGGCGCGGGACAAGAGCUACGAGACCAUGAUGAGGGUGGGCAAACGGGGCUUGAACCUGGCAGCCAACGCUGCGGUCACUGCAGCCACCAAGGGCCAGGGAGUGUUGUCAGAAAAGCUGAGGAGCUUCAGCAUGCAAGACCUGACGUUGAUCCGAGACGAUGAAGCCUUGCCCCUGCAUGGCUCUGAUGCCCGCCUCCGCUCCUCGGCCAGUGGCCUCCUGGAUCCCAUUGAAGACUUAGGUAAUGAUGCUGGCCUGAGCCUUCGGUCGUCAAGUGGGAAUCAGUCAGACACACGAACAGAGGCCUCUGAGGAUGACCUGGGGGACAAGACUGCUAAGCGGGUCAAAUCAAUCAAGAAAGUGCCAAAAACUGAGCCAGUCCUCAAGACGCUGAAGACCCGCCCCAAGAAGAAGCCUACAAGUGGGGGGGAGACUGCCUGA